CUUCACUCGGAACUCGUCGAACAAUAUCCUCCCAGUAAUGAAGACAUCAAGAUGUUCCGAACAGCAACCAAUUAAUUAGGAAUACUCCUGAAGAAUUUUUUAGACUUUAUAACGUGAUCCACUUUAAUUCAACUGAAGACAUAUUCUCAACAAACAGCAGAAUGGCUGACCAGUCGACAACAGAAGAGCAGUUUAUAAGAGAAUUACAUUGGUGUGUUGAACAACUACACCUUGGACUAGAAACACAGAAUCCAGAUUCCAAACAAGCUCGUGAGGCACAGAAGAUGUUGAAGAUUCUCUGUAGUGACAAAGCUCCGGUGAUAAAGAAACGACAAGUUAUGAGAAAUGCUUUUGGUGACUACCGACUGAAGAUGCUCAAUGCAGAGAAAAAAAGUGCAGCAAAAUUAAAGAAAACAAAGAUGACAUCUAUACCUGACAGCAGUGGUUACAAAUCUGUGUUCUACAAGAAAAGUGUCAGUAAACAGUAUAACAGCCAGUCAGGUGAUGGUCCAUCUCUGUUGACCAAUCAAAUCAAUAACGAGUCCCAUCAACCGUCAUCUAUGGGAGAUAACUCUGCACAGAAGGGAGACAACUCUAUGAGAAGUCAUGAAGAUGAAGUGUCUGAAAGACUUGAACAAUUCACUUUUGUCAAGUCUGGGGGAGAUUUUUCAUUUGGUUUUCAAUCGCCAUCAGAAUCAUCUGUAGAUGACACAAACACAGAAAACAGUGACAAAGACAACUCGAUUUGUGAUGAAAACACAUCUACAGUCAAAAGUUUUGUAAUGCAGAAAACAGAAAAUACUUUCAGAUUUAAUUUUGCAGGAGCAACAUAACAAGGAACAUUGUUAAUUAAAAUUUCUUAAUAUGGUACUAUAAAUUGCAUUCUACAUGUAUAUUGUUUUGGAAAUAUCCAGACUUUGAAUCCGUUUUGUGGAGAGCUUGCAUCACCAAAGCAAACUAAACCUGCUACUCUUGUAUAAAACAUUCAUGAAUGAAAUUUCAACAAGAGUUUUAUGUGUAAAGUUUAGUCCAUGAAUUGAAAAAGCAUUAAACACAGAAUCAACUAUGAAUAUUUUAUUGUGUUGGGUACCCACUAUGUAAUAAAACAACAUUUGCAUUAAAAGUAGGUGGUCACUGUUCUUGAAACCUUACUUUGCUGCUUGUCAUCAAUAAAGGUCAAAUUAGGUGGUUAUUGUCCAUAUAGCCAGAGUUUUCUCUGGCCCUGACACUAUGUCUGGUGUCGGGGCCAGAGAAUCUCGGGCUAUUGUCUAUGAUGUUUUGUGUUCAGGAACACAUAACAUAUGAUAAGUCUUAUUUAAAACAAGCUUGUCAGCCCUACUUUGCAACCAGACCAGGCACCAGUUUCAUUAUCAUUCCUUACAAUUUGUAAUUUAAAAAAUUCCUUAGGAAAGCAUUGCAGAAUUUAAGGAAAUUUCCAUAACUAAUAUUUUUCCUUUAAACCAAUAACGCUUUUCCAUGGAAAGAUGAAUAAUUUAUUGGUAAAUAUCACAGAACAUGUAGUCAUUGACUAAUCACAGGCAGACAUGGUCUUCUUCAUCAAAUUAUUUACAUAUUUGAGAAGUUUACCCCCAGAGCUUGGUCCAAGUUCUUCAUGCUGAAUUGUCCAUGAAAGUCAAAGGAAAAUAUGAAUGGAUGGAAAUCUGAAUCCUCA